CACUUCUUUUUAUAAACAUUUUUUAAAUACAAAGAGACAAUCUUUAAACACCUAACAACAAAUUGCAACAUAUAUAUCUUGAUUGGCACCUGAUUUAACAAAUUAUCUCUAAAAAGACAUUUUAAAAGAUAAUUGAGAAAAAUUCACUACCUACUAUUUGAUAAGAAAUUAUUGGCAUUGCUAGAUGUGACAGCUGAUUUGAGGUUAUGUAAAAAAUGCUCCUGCUGCAUCUGGGUGGGUCAGUCGGUUAAGCCUCCGACUCCGGCUCAGGUCAUGAUCUUGCAGUCUGUGGGUUCAAGCCCUGCAUGGGGCUCUGUGCUGACAGCUCAGAGCCUGAAGCCUGCUUUGGGUUCGUGGCUUCCUCUCUCUGCCCCUCCCCUGCUCGAGUGCUCUCUCUCUCUCUCAAAAAAAAAAAAAAAAAAAACCACAUUAAAAAAAGAAAAUAAAAAUAUUAAUACAUUAACAUGAAGACAUUUUCCGACUACUUUUGGAGAUUUUCAUGUGGCCCAAAUGCAUCAAAUUUCAGGGAAAUGUGAAUUGAAAGUGGUCCCCAGAGAAAGAGGAGUAAGAGGAAUAUUUCAUCGUCCUAAGAGACUGUUCUCAUUUGAAUACUGUGCUUGUCCUGGGUUUCUAUAGUUUUUGGUUUCUUUGGGGUGUGAGGAUGGUAACCUAAACACCACCGAGAUGCAUACAUGCCCAACUUCUAAAUAAAACUGGGAACUGCCUACUCAAAGCCUUGUUUCCUCCUGGGACUGAAGUUAUUCCCUUCCAGUUUCCGAAGUCGAUUUUUUUUUUCUCAUUUAAAAAGAACCCCUUCGAUCUGUGAGAAAACUGGAACGGAAAUUUGUCAGUGCUUGCCGUGGUUGUUAUGGAUGCAAUGAAAAAGCCUUUGGAGACGCAGAUAAGACUUUGAGAUAUUACUUGAAAAUACUCCCUUUAAAUGGCCAUCUGUCUUGAAAGAAAGGAUUAGGAUUUUCUUCCUGUUUUGGAUAAACUAAACACUCGGGAAGGACGCUGGGUGGCGCUGCAGCAUUAUAAGUAGAACGAAGAGAGCUACCAGCCGGCGCUCCUUGAGCCAAAUGCUCCGGUGAAGAAACAAGCAGGAAGGGGAGGCAUUCUAAGGUGGUUGCUCCGGGAAAUCAGGGCCCUAGGCGUCUCCAUUUCUCCCACCGUCUACGAGAUACUGGGAGAUAAGAGCGACAACUCGAGGUGAAGCUGGGUCAAGUUUGCUGGGAGACCGGAAGGCGAUGGAGGCCGGAGAGGGAAAAGAACGCUUUCUAAAACAAAGGCAAGUCUUGAUAUUCUUUGUUUUGCUGGGCAUAGCUCAGGUUGCUUCCAAGCCUAAGCAGUACUCAGUGGCUGAGGAAAUGGAGAGUGGCUCCUUUGUGGCCAAUUUGUUAAAAGACCUGGGGCUGGAGGUAAAUGACCUAGCUGCGCGGGGGGCUCGGGUUGUUUCCAAAGGGAAAAAAACGCGUUUGCACUUUGAUAGGCAGACAGGGAAUUUGUUGUUAAACGAGAAACUGGACCGGGAGGAGCUGUGCGGCCUUGCCGAGCCCUGUGUGCUACCUUUCCAGGUAUUAUUGGAAAAUCCCUUGCAGUUUUUUCAGGCCGAGCUAUGGAUUAGAGAUAUAAAUGAUCAUUCCCCAGUUUUCCUAGACAAAGAAAUACUUCUGAAAAUUUCAGAAAGUAUCACUCCCGGAACUACUUUCCUAAUAGAACGUGCCCAGGACUUAGAUGUGGGAAGCAACAGUCUCCAAAGUUACACGGUCAGUCCAAAUUCCCACUUCCAUCUUAAAUUACAAGACAGUUCCGACGGCAUAUUACCACAGCUGGUGCUGGACAAAUCGCUGGAUCGAGAGGAACAGGCUGAGAUCAGGUUAACUCUCACUGCGCUGGACGGCGGGACUCCACCCAGGUCUGGCACUGCCCUGGUCCGCAUUGAAGUUUUAGACAUCAAUGAUAACGCGCCCGAGUUUGCAAAGCUGCUCUAUGAGGUGCAAGUUCUGGAAAACAGUCCCAUUGGAUUCCAGGUUGCCGUAGUCUCUGCUAGAGAUUUGGACAUUGGAACCUAUGGAGAAAUAUCUUAUGUAUUUUCCCAAGCCUCUGAAGAUAUUCGCAAAACUUUUCAAAUAAAUGCAAAGUCAGGAGAACUCAUUUUAACACAGAAACUGGAUUUCGAAUCCAUUCAGAGUUAUACAUUAAAUAUUCAGGCGACAGAUGGUGGAGGCCUAUCUGGAAGUUGCAUGGUGUUUGUCCAAGUGAUGGAUUUGAAUGACAACCCUCCGGAACUGACUAUGUCAACACUUAUCGAUCACAUCCCAGAAAACUUGCAUGAGACCAUAAUUGCUGUACUCAGUGUUUCAGAUCCUGACUCGGGAGACAAUGGAAGAAUGGUUUGCUCCAUUGAAGAUGAUCUUCCUUUCUUCCUUAAACCUUCUGUUGAGAAUUUUUACACCCUACUGACAAACACACCUCUGGACCGAGAGACCAAAUCCGAGUACAACAUCACCAUCACCGUCACCGACUUGGGAACCCCCAGGCUGAAAACGCAGCACAACAUAACCGUGACGGUCUCCGACGUCAACGACAACGCCCCCGCCUUCAGCCAAACCACCUACACCCUGCGCGUCCACGAAAACAACAGCCCCGCCCUGCACAUCGGCAGCGUGAGCGCCACGGACAGGGACUCGGGCGCCAACGCCCAGGUCACCUACUCGCUGCUGCCGCCCGCGGACCCGCAGCUGCCCCUGGCCUCCCUGGUGUCCAUCAACGCGGACAACGGGCAGCUGUUCGCGCUCAGGUCCCUGGAUUACGAGGCGCUGCAGGCGUUCGAGUUCGGCGUGCGCGCGGCCGACCGCGGCUCGCCCGCGCUCAGCAGCCAGGCGCGGGUGCGCGUGCUGGUGCUGGACGACAACGACAACGCGCCCUUCGUGCUGUACCCGCCGCAGAACGGCUCUGCGCCCUGCACCGAGCUGGUGCCCAGGGCGGCCGAGGCGGGCUACCUGGUGACCAAGGUGGUGGCGGUGGACGGCGACUCGGGCCAGAACGCCUGGCUGUCGUACCAGCUGCUCAAGGCCACGGAGCCCGGGCUGUUCGGCGUGUGGGCGCACAACGGCGAGGUGCGCACGGCCCGGCUGCUGAGCGAGCGCGACGCCGUCAAGCACAGGCUGGUGGUGCUGGUCAGGGACAAUGGCGAGCCGCCGCGCUCGGCCAGCGUCACGCUGCACGUGCUGCUGGUGGACGGCUUCUCGCAGCCUUACCUGCCGCUCCCGGAGGUGGCGGCGGCCGAGGCGCGGGCCGACCCGCUCACCGUCUACUUGGUAGUCGCCUUGGCGUCCGUGUCGUCGCUCUUCCUGUUCUCGGUGCUGGUGUUCGUGGCGGUGCGGCUGUGCAGGCGGAGCCGGGGGGCGUCUGCGGGUCGCUGCUCGGGGCCCGAGGGCCACUUUCCGGGCCACCUGGUGGAUGUCAGCGGCACGGGGACGCUGUCCCAGAGCUACCAGUACGAGGUGUGUCUGACGGGAGGAUCUGGGACCGACGAAUUUAAGUUCCUCAAGCCGAUUCUCCCCAAUUUCCUUGGUCUUGGUGAGGAGAGGGUUCAUGAAGCAAACCCCAGUUUCAGGAAUAGCUUUAAAUUCAGUUAAGUAUUAAUAAGGGUCUACUGAGCCUAGUCUCCGUUAAUUUGUGUAAAGUCUUUUUGUACUGCCUUGCGCACUUGGGUUCUUUUUAUUUGGUGUGUAGCUAUCGUAUUCCAAUUCAGUGCAUGUUACUG